UCCUAUACAGAAGCAGGCAAAGUCCAGGCUUAUUUACCUGCUCAGUGCAGCCACAACCAGAUGAGAAAAGGCAGAAUGGCUGGGGGCUCCAAGCUCAGAGGCAAAAAGAAAAACAAGUAUGGAAAGCUGCCCCCAGAGGAAGACCAAGGGACCCCAUUACAGGAGAGGGACAGGGUGAGCAGCCCACAGCAGGAGCCCUCUGAGCAGCCAACGCAGUGCAAAGCUCCCAAGGGCAAGAAAAAGAGGAGCAGAAAGAAGGUGCACCUGUCCCCCCUGCCUGACAGGUAUGACCCCCUGGAGGAGGGAGUGGAGGAGGCUGAGAGCAAGGAGGACAAGAAAUACAAGAGGAAGCAGAAAGUGAAGAAGUAUGCCAAGAAUAUGGGCAAAGCUGUCCGGACCGGGUGCCGCUACCUGCUGAUUGGAAUUCAGGGUUUGGCAAAUGCAUAUAUAGCCCCGUUUGGGGUUUCUUCUGUUGUGAUAUCAUCGAUGACUCGUUAACAAGUAACACAACCCCUUCCUCCCCCCACAAAAACUGCGUCUUCACAUUUCAAGUAUUUCAACUACCUGCAAAGAAAAUGGACUUUCACAAAACCAUGAAGGGUGGCCGAAGCCAAAUCCUUAUCCACGACACACGGGGUUUCUUUAUCCAGCGUAACUCAGGGAAAGUUAUUGGCCAAAUUCUUUGGACUAUAUAUAUAUAUAUAUAUAUACACCA